AUGGCACAGGCCAUGAGCUCGACGACAAUCAGUAGUUCCGCUACUGCAUCUCUCUUCGUUCGAGAGCUUACUUCUUCAUUUGUUCAGUGGCUGAACGAUACAAAUCCAUCACCUGUUCUACAAUCACUUGAACGUCUUCGUAAUUUUUCUCUGUCAUCACUGGCAACGACGACAGCACAAUCGACGACUGGAAAUGAAGUGGAAAUAAGAUCAUUCAAAUAUCUGAAGGAUAAAGUUCAGCAUGGUGGAGAAACUGAUGACAACGCAUCACUCGUCUCAUUGAUUGUCGAUACAUUGGUUAUUCCAUGUUAUCGAUUUUAUUCGACGCACAAUGCAUUAUCAUUGCAUUUUUUCCAGCUAUUCCAUCGACUACUAUCACAUUCUACCGUAUUCAACAAUGAAAAUUAUCGGUUUUCAAUCUCCGUUAUUAUUUCACGUUCAAAUCUUUAUCCUCCGAAAUCACCUUUCUUGACUAUCGAUAAAUGGUCAAAGAAGACAUGGCUCGGAAAACAGAUUGGUCAAAAUCCCACGACGAACAAGCUGAUUUUUCGAUCCGAAAAACCGUUUCCAUUCGCGUCAGGGUCUCAAAUAUGCAACACUUUGUGUGACAAUGCCAAAUAUCCCAUCGAUAUCGCUAAUCAAUACACUUGGCUCAUUGAAAAAGCAAAAAACAAUCAACACACAAAUGCCGACGAAUUAACUCUUCUGCAAGAUAUAUUAAAUCAACUAUUGCCUUGUCAAUCUAUUCUACAAUCCUUUUUGAAUGCUAAUCAAUGCCUAUCCUUGAUGUUAUCGUUUGCUGUACAACGUCAACGGAUCAUUGAUGUUCAAAUAAUGGAUGUCACCAAUUCGCAAGCUCAAGUACAACUAGCAUCCGUAAAAAAUCAAAUGUUAAAUCAAUUUGAAUACUUACCGAAUUCCAAUGGCAGUGAUUUCAAAUCGAUUCGAAGUGAUUGCAAAGUUAAAUGGACAGACGGUAAAGAAUUUAUCUAUCACAAUAAUACAAUUCAUUCACAGCCAUCGUUUCUAUCACCUUUGUCAAAAUUGUUACAAUAUGCAUAUGUUGAUCAACACAGUGGCGAUAAUGUGAACGUGAUACUACGGGAUUUAUUCUUGCAAACAAUUCAUCGACUUUUCACGCAACAUUUGAAAACAUCAUCACCGAGUCAGGAAUUAGCGCAAGCUGAUUUGAAAGACUUUUUUCUCUAUUUCUUGAAUCACGAGGACGAAAACGUGCGUCAAACGGGCACGAAACUCGUCACAACAUUUGUUAACGAUUUAUCUGCAUCGGCCGAUGUCGAUCUGCCACCAUUGAUAUCAUGUUCAACUAUGAAACAUCUAUUUGAAUCGAUGAUUGAGAAUGAACAUUUUCAAAUCGAUGAAAUCAUAUUAAAUGGAUGCUUGCGUUCAUCGAUGAACUGGCCAAUCGAUGACCUCUGUUCACUGUUGACAUCCUUAUCGAUGAAAUUGAGUGAACUAUCAACAGUACGAACCGAAAUAGUCGAUCGUCAUCUUGUAUGGUUUCAAUUGUUUGUCAAUAUCAUCGAUGAGAAUCACGAUCGAUUAACGUUAGUCACAACAAGAACAAAUCAAAAUUUCAUCGAAUUUUGUCGACAAAUUCAAGCAUCAACAUUUAUUCGAUUGCUCAAUCCGACAAUACAGAAUUCAUUUCGAGUAAUCAGAUUUAUCAUCAAACAUUGUGAAAAAGAUUGGAUCAAAGUUUUAUUGGAAAUAAUCGAUCAACAGAUGCAAAGUGAUUCUCAAAUACAACUCGAUUUUGCCGAAUUAUUGAAAGAAUGUCGUCAAUAUGUUUUCGAUGAAUGGCAAAUUUCAACGAGUUUCAAUCUUCUACUUUCGUUAGUACAAUCGAAUCUAGGCGACAAUCCACAAUUGUUAUUGGAAUUUCUUUUAUUAUUAGAGAAAACAUUCGAUUCACAAUCCAAACAAAAACCACGCUUGAUGAAUAUUGAUUUCACAAUAACAAUCAAACCGCUCGUCAAU